AUUAAAUAAAAAAAUAAGGCCUCUCUCUCUCUCUCUCUCUGCACUCUCUCGUCUUGUACUAGUCUAGAUAUCUCCCUCUCUCUCCCUCCAGUCAAUCACAAAAACACAGUCCGAUCUUAUAGCCAAAAUGAACGACACCGAUGUCUCUAAGCAGAUCCAGCAGAUGGUCAGAUUCAUCCGCCAAGAAGCCGAGGAAAAAGCCAACGAGAUCUCCGUCUCCGCCGAGGAAGAAUUCAAUAUAGAGAAGUUGCAAUUGGUGGAGGCAGAGAAGAAAAAGAUCAGGCAAGAGUACGAGCGCAAAGAGAAGCAAGUCGAUGUUCGAAAGAAGAUUGAGUACUCGAUGCAGCUUAAUGCGUCUCGGAUCAAAGUUCUUCAAGCACAAGACGACGUCGUUAAUGCUAUGAAAGACGCCGCCGCCAAGGAGCUUUUGAAUGUGAGCAGCGAUCACCAUGUGUAUAAGAGGCUUCUUAAAGAUCUAAUUGUUCAGAGUUUGUUAAGAUUGAAAGAGCCUUCUGUCUUACUGCGUUGUCGGGAAGAUGAUCUUCAUUUGGUGCAGUCUGUGCUGGAUUCAGCAGCAGAGGAGUAUUCUGAGAAAGCAAGUGUUCAUGCACCUGAGAUUAUAGUCGACAACAAUGUCUAUCUUCCACCCGCUCCCGGCCAUCAUAAUGCCCAUGCUCUUUCCUGCUCUGGAGGUGUAGUUUUGGCUUCUAAAGAUGGGAAGAUUGUCUUUGAGAACACCCUUGAUGCACGGUUGGAUGUUUUAUUCCGUAAAAAACUGCCAGAGAUCCGCAAGUGGCUAUGUGGUCAGGUUGCUGCAUGAUGGGGAGGGUUGUGUUGUUAUUGUAUUGCUUUGUUGCCCCUAGAUUAUUUAUGUCCAAAGAUUGUUAUUUGACGAUAAGAUAAGAUCUGUUGUCCAAUUACUUUUGUUUGUUUAUCUCCAGUUUCUUGUUGCUGAAUAAUUUUAUCCGCUAAAAUUAGUGUAGAUGUUCUUCAGUUUGGUGCUCAUGUCGUUUGGGGCAUGAAAAAGUACUUAUUCUUAGUAAUAACGUUAAUAAAUGUUACCGGCUUGAGUAUUUCUCUUA